CCUCCAGGUCCGAAAGGAUGGCCUGUAAUAGGAAACAUGUUGGACCUGGGGCCCAUGCCUCACCAGACGCUUCACAACCUCCGAACCAAGUACGGGCCAAUUGUUUGGUUGAAGCUGGGCUCCAUGAACACAAUGGUAGUGCAGUCGGCCAAGACUGCCGAGCAACUCUUCAAGAAUCACGAUGCUAGUUCUUGUGACCGAAAGUGUCCACAUGCAUUAACGGCCCACAACUACGACGAAGGCACGAUUGCCUUCGGCCAGCACGGUAGCCACUAUUGGCGGGUGCUUUGGCGCCUUUGCAGCAUGGAGAUUUUCUCCAACAAGCGGAUUGACGACACGGCUCUCAUCAGGCACAAAUGUGUAGAUGACAUGAUUCGGUAUAUGGAAGAGGAUUCGGCCGCCGCACGUGGGAGAGGAGAACCGGGUGCAGUGAACUUAGCGCACUAUCUAUUUCUGAUGGGGUUCAAUGUGAUUGGGAACCUUGUGUUUUCGAAGGAUCUAUUGGAUCCCAACUGCGGAGAAGGGAAAGAGUUCUUUGAUGCGGUGGACAAGAUCAUGGAGUUCAUGGGAAAGCCAAAUGUGGCCGAUUUUCUACCUUUCUUGAAAUGGUUGGACCUUCAGGGGAUUAAGAGAAACAUGACCAAACAUAUGGCGAAAGCUUUGAAAAUUGGAGAACGGUUUGUGGAAGAAAGAGUUGAGGAGUACAAGUUAGGGAGCCAGAGGCUGAGGCUGACUAAGGACUUCUUGGAUGUGAUGCUGGAAUACGAGAGCGAUGGAAAAGAAGGUCCUCUCAAGAUCUCACACCAAAAUAUCAACAUUGUUGUGCUGGAAAUGUUUAUGGCUGGAUCGGAGUCAACAAGCACCACUGUUGAAUGGGCAAUGACAGAGCUUUUCCGCAAUCCGGAGUCAAUGCAAAAGGUUAAAGAAGAGCUUAAUCGGGUGAUUGGACGUAAAAGGAAGGUGGAAGAAAGUGACAUGGACAAUAUGCCAUAUCUACAAGCUGUGGUGAAAGAAACGAUGAGGUUACAUCCUGCAAUUCCUUUACUGGUUCCCCGAAAUUCAUUAGAAGAUUUCAACUUCGUGGGGUAUUUCAUACCCAAAGACACUUAAAUUUUUGUGAAUGUUUGGGCAAUUGGAAGAGAUCCUGAAUCAUGGGAUGACCCUUUGUUCUUCAAGCCUGAAAGGUAUAUUGGCUCAAAUGUUGACUACAAGGGGCAGAACUUUGAGCUGCUUCCAUUCGGAUCUGGAAGAAGAAUUUGUCUUGGCAUCCCACUAGCUCACCGUGUAAUUCAUCUUGCUCUGGCCGCUCUCCUCCAUACUUUUGAUUGGGAGUUCGACGCUCAAGCUUUAGACAUGAGUGAGAGGGUGGGGAUCACACUGAGAAGGUCAAUACCACUCCAAGCAAUACCAAAGAAGCGAAAUUGAGGGAAUGACACUGCUGAGGGAAAAAAAAUAAUAAUAAAAAUGUCGAUUAUGAAUCUCAUAAUAAUUUGUAUCUCUGUUACUUAAAGACGUUUAUUUGUUAAACUGUCCGCACGCCUUUUUUAAUACUUUAAAAUAUAUAUAUAUAUAUAUAUAUUUGUAUGCUAGCCUUUUAGGAAAAUCAACUCAGUUGUUCGUAUAUGGGGACAAUUAAUUGAUGUAUGAUGAGGCAUCUAGUACAUAGUCUAUAUGGACUAUUGUAAUCAGGCUUAGAGCCUAAGACAGUAACAAUGCUAGUAAUAACCGAUUUCCCAUUUAUUUACCAUAUUCAUGAAAGUUGGUCUAAGAUUGAACUAGUACUGUUAUAUUUGUGAUAAUUUAUCUAAUUAGAAUUCGAUGCUUCUUCUUUGGAUAGAAUUCAUCUUGGCAAAACCAUCUGCUGUUCCCCGUCAAACACUCUAGUCUGCCUUGCUUUGCCAUGCCAGUGAAAGCUGUGAUGGCUAACAUACAAGCCGAAGUCCGAACAAAGUACUAAUUGAAAGCAACUAUCUCGCAAGCAAUAUUGCCAGUGGCCUCAAAUAUUCAUUUGGUCUGGGGUCCAUUGAUGCAUGAUGGAUGAGGAAUAUGUAUAUGUUUGUGUACGUAUAUGGAUAUAUAUAUAUAUAUAUAUAUAUAUAUAUAUAGACCAAAAAAUAAUUGCAUGGUACAAGGCAAAGUAUAUGCUUCACAAGAAAACGGCUAUUGGACCCGAAUUCAUCCACCAGAUCAACAAAUAAAAGAAUUUUUCAAAAGACGUGAAAGUAACUCAAUUAACAUAGCUUUGCCUUUGAAAAAGGAAAAUUUAAAAUGUUAAACUAGAUGCUCAAAGCAGCUUUCAUGGAAUGGUGGAAAUUUAUAGCUUUAAUUCUUUUUUUUUUUUUUUUU